GUGGGCACAGGUGGGUGGCACUGGUGGGCACAGGUGGGUGGCACUGGUGGGCACAGGUGGGUGGCACUUCUGGGCACAGGUAGGUGGCACUGCAGAGUGGCACAGGUGGGUGCACUGCUGGUCACAGGUGGGGGCACUGCUGGGCUCGGGUGGGCGGAGCUAGUGGGUGCACUGCUGGGGCGGAACUUGCGGGUGUCACUGCUGGGCACCGAUCAUCAGGGCACUUAUCAUCAGUGCCCUGAUGAUCGGUGCCGAUCCCCGCUCUGACAACUGCCGGUUCUCGGCAGUACUUUCCUCACGAUCUGACAGCGUGAGGAAAGUGCAGCCGAGAACCGGCACUUGCAU